GCUGACGGGCGCUAGAAUAGCAAAUGUGUUUCUCUUUGUUGACUGGUCUAGUUCUUGAGUUGCUUCUGUUCGUAGUGGACUAAUUUUUGCUUGAACUACUCUUAGAGCUUAUUUUAAGUGGAUUAAUUUUGGCAGAGCACGAGAUGCAAAAUGUUGUGUUACAUUUCUCAACCGAAUCGACAGUGGGUUGAAAUAUAUAUAGACCCAAAACAAUCCGCUAAGGUUGUCUUGGACAAGGUUCUAAACCAGUUAAACAUCUUGGAAAGUGAUUAUUUUGGAUUGCAAUACACUGGUCUGAAAAAUGAAGCACUAUGGUUGAAUCUUCGCAACAGAGUCUGUGAUCACGAAAUCCUGAAAGCUUCAAAUGUCUACCGCUUCAACCUGAGAGUAAAGUUUCUGGUGCCCCCAGAACUUAUUCAACAGGAAUGUACAAAGGAGCUGUUCUACACGCAGGUAAAAGAUGAAAUGUCAAAAGGGCUCAUCACCCUGACAGAGCCUGAAUGUGAUAAAGAGACUUUAGCUAAAAUUGUGGCCUGUAUAUCUCAGGCAGAUUUUGGAGACCAGACAUGCAAUGAAUAUCAAAGUACAAUUUAUCAUAAUGUUGUCAAAGAGAUCUGUCCACACUAUGGCGAGCUAGACAAAGAUAUCCUUGACAAAAUUUUCUUAGAACACUCUAAGCUUCACGGUUCUCCUCGAGCAAGUGCCAAAUACUGGAUGCUGCGUUACGCAUCAGCUCUUCCAGGAUAUGGGGUGGAACUUCAUAGAGCAGUAACUAACUCUGGAGAAGACGUGCUCUUCAAGGUUGGGCCCGAAGGAAUCAUUGUGCAAGACUGUGCGACAAAUGCUGUCAAAAAUAGGUUCCCUUACCCACAGAUUCGUCUAGCCACCCACAAUGAGAAAACAGUUCACAUUGAACUGAUGAAUGAUGCUGGUGAAACAGAAAAGGAAGAAAGCUAUAAGCUGAUCAGUCGGCGGGCAGCUGUAGCACUCUACAGAUGCAUUACAGAAAUGCAUUCUUUUUUCCGCUGUGCAACUGUUUGUGAUGAUGUGCAGUCUCAGUAUUCCAGAGAUUUUAAAGGAACAGUCGUCUCAAUAUUUAAUGAAAACUCUGACUUAGGAAAAAGAUAUGUAUUUGACAUUGAGCGGACUAGUAAACAGGCAUAUGAUUUUGUAAAAAGAAAGUUAUUUCAUUCUCAAUCUAGUCCUGCCAGUAGCCCAAUUCAUUGCUCAAUGACAUUAGAUUGUGAUAACCGAUUGGAGAGAUCUGAAAAUUUGAGUGACCAUGAGGGCCAAGAUAAUGAUGUUAAGAUUCUAAAACGCAAGUUGGAGUCUGUGAAAGACUCACUUUUGUGUUGCAUUUGUAUGGACAAUAUGGUUUGUAUGGUUCUAUGCCCUUGUGGUCACAUGACCUGUGAUUCCUGCUCAGAAUGUAUAGAAAAGUGUCCACAGUGCAGAUCUGAUGUGGAACGCUUCCAGAAAGUCUUUCAGAAUUUUGGAUUGGAUUUGAGGAAAGAAGGAAUAACAAAUUGUGUUUGAGUUUAAUUCUAUGGAUACAAAGGAUUUUCCACCCUCAUUCUGAGAAUGUUAUGUGACAUAUCACUUUCAUCUGUGUUGAAAAUGUGCAGUGCUCUCAUCCUACAACACAAACAUAGAUGUUGUUUGUUCAUUAAACUGUAUACAUUGCCAUUCAAUGCAAAUGAAUGCUCGACCAAUACACUGCCAAUCAUAAUGUUCAGGCUGUGGCUAUAAGGACCACCAUUUACGUUUUAAACCCAAACCCAAAAGAUUUUACUUCAACUGAAGCUGAGUGUCUAAUAACUGACAGGCACUAAUGUAUGUGAAACUGCUUGCUAAUUUUUUUUUCUUCUAUCAUUUGGUUUUUCUCUAUUGGGUUUGUUAUCAUUCAGCGAGAAAUUAAAACCAUUAUGAAUAAUCUUUGACAUUAUAAAUAAACCAUCAAGUCUUUCAUAUACUGAUCUGUCUGUUUAGAAUGCUCCUUAUCUGAAGAGGUUAUUUAGAUUGUGUUUUUGUUUUAAAAAUACAACUUUUUAAUAAGAUACUUAAAUUAUUUUUUUUUUAACCUAAAUCUUAAGGAGUUAAGUUUUUCUAGGUUUUUAUUAUUUGAUAAUUUUUUCUGAAAAUAAAAGGCCUUUCUCUGUGAUAUUUUUUGUCCGGGUAGUACAAAAGUAAUGGUUUCUUUCUGGACAACUCAUUAGCCCAUUAAGAAUUUAUUUGAAAUGAUCUUUCAUGUAGAUGUUUAGAUAAACUUUUCAUGUUGAGUUCAAUGUGUACAGAUGAUUGUUAAAUAAGAAAAAAAAACCUUGCUGCUAGACUUAUCUCAGGGUGAAUAUUGUGUUGGUGAAUCCAAGCUUGUUCAUAUUGUUGAGUUUAGGGUUAAACACAAAUAAUAUCAUUAUUUCACUGUAUUUGUUAAUAAAACACAUUGUUAUUCAUAUCUGAUGCUGGCAUCAAUACUAUCAUGCAGACAUUUACCUAAAUAUUUGGUUUACUUGAAUUCAUUAAGAUUUGUUUGAUUUGAAACUUAUUUUUUUUUAAAGAUGACAUUGAUUUUUUAAUUUUUAAUUAGUAAAAAAAAAAUGUUGACUUAUGAAUGGCUGAAUUGUUGAAUGAACAUGUACAAAUAUUCCAUGGGGAAAAAAAUGUACUUCUAUUACUUAUUGUUAAGAUGUGACUUAUGAACAAAGCACUUUUACCUUACCACUCUUUUUUUUACAGCAUUGGAUCUUCAAAUCUUGCUAAUAAUUGUUGGUGAGAGCCAGAAGCACUGGCCUUUUUGUUUGUGAUAACAUAUCUGCUAGUGCAUUGGCAAUCUAAUAAUGAAUCUUGGAUAUCAUUAAAUGCAUUGAUUAUUUUUCUAGAGCAUGUGUACAUGAUAUGUAAUAUUGUUUACCUUGGGCUUUCAAAUGUUACAUUUAAAAGAUGGAUCAUUGACUUCUAAAAACACAAUUUAUAUUAAGGAUUUUUUAAAUAAUUUUUUUUAAUAGACUUUUUUUUAGAAGAAAAUGAAUGUUUGUCUUGUAGGAAAUAGUUUUAGUUUUUUCUUUCAACUCUUCUUGAACAAAAUUGCCUCUAGGUACCUUCUGAAAACACAAUUUUAACGAGGAAUUGCUGUGUGUGUGAUUUCUUUCUUUCCUAAGCUUUAUAUUCCUUUUUUUUAAUUAGAAUUGUUUAUAUGAUAGAUUUCUUAGAAUGGUGGUCUGUGGUUUUAGAACUCUGUAUUUUCUUGAUAAUAUUUGUUUCCUUAUUGAUGUUUUUUUCAAAUAGAAGAUAAUUUUUAUCUGGACAUAGAAACACACUUUUGUUGUUAUAUAUAUUUCAUAUCAUUUUUACAAUAAACAUUUGUGUUUCAUUUCCCCUUUUUCUUCUAUUUGUGUUUUUUCUGUGUUAAUUUUUUUUCUUUCCUUAAAGCAUGUUUUAAAACACAUCAUUAGUUGAACACAUUGUAUAGGUUUUAGAGUUUCUUUAUUACUUCAUGCAUUCAUUAAUUGCUUUUAUCUGGUACAUGAAGGUUUUUUUUUUUUAAGUUUUGUUUUAGAUUUAGAUCUAAAAAUUCCCCUGAUGAAUAAUUUUUUUUAAAUGCUUAAAGUUUUGACAAAUAGGAAGUGAAACUAAAGACUUGAGUCUGAUGAUUUCCCUAUUAGUCCUACAACUCUUGUCUGCCAGACUGACUUUGACCUAAAGCAACUUUUGGUGUCCCUGGUGUAAGGUGUUUGAUGAUGUCACAGCUACUGAACAUGUAUAAUAAUUGUUUGACAUAGAAAAAGUUAUUUUACUCCUAUUUAACUGUAUCAGAAGAUAACAUUUUUAUACCCUAAUUCACUUUUAUUUUUAAACUGAAUGAACUGUUUCUAGUGUAAUAUAUCGUUUUUAAACUUCCAAACUUUUUUUUUUAAAGAAUAAUACAAACUUUUCAUGUUAAAACACUGCACUUUAAGAAAUUUCAACUUUAAAAUUCAAACUGUCUGAAUCAAAAACAAAAAGUAGACUUUCUUAACAAUAACAGAAUCUAGUACAUUAAUUGUCUUCCUUGGUGGCUUAGAUUAUUUCUUACUGAAUGACUUGAAAGUGGAAUAAUAAAAGUGUCACCUACAUUUCAUUGUACCAGGUCACUAACGUACAUAAAUUUCAGUGUGUCAGGUUUCACUUCUUGGCUCAGGGUGACAGGUACGGUACUGAAACAUUUUAUCAGCACUUGACUACUGUAGCUCUACUUGACAGAAAGUUAUUUCCUCCCUAUAUAUUCUAUUAUAAACCUACUAUAUAGUUUGUAUAUGUUUAACAUGCUUCUUAUGUAUAUAAUUAUAAAUGUAAAUGCAGCCUUUGAAAAAUGUAAUAUUGCCACUGGACAUAGCAUUGUUUUACUAUUGGAUUUAUUGUUUGAUGAGUGAAUUUGUGUUUGUGUUCUUCUGUGUUUGCUUGUAGUUAUAGUCACUACUCUGUUUGGGGAGGGGGUGUAGUCACUACUCUGUUUGGGGAGGGGGGGGCAUAGUCACUACUCUGUUUGGGGAGGAGGGGGGCGUAGUCACUACCUUGGGGAUAAGGAUCCAAAAUAGGAAAAGGAACAUCAAGUUGAUAUGACUUGCCUAUGCAAUAAGUUGAUCUGGUUGUUUAUAGUGUUCUUGUUGGGUCAAGGUCAGAAAAAGUAAUCAGGAAUGUUCACAAAGAUAUCCAGAAACUGGGGUAAUAGUUUUAUCUUGUUUCAAAGAUCACAAAAGAUUAUAGGGGUAGUUGGACAGUGUUUCUCAAUAGUGUAUUCUCUUAGAUACCCAUUGAAAAUAUUGUAGAACCUUUCCUCCUCAUGUUCUAAUCACAAAGCAUUUUUACAAUGUACCCUAUUUAAUUGUUGCACAUCAUGAAACUAUUCAUUUUGUGGAACCUCCGUUCCCCCCACCAGGACAUCCUCUAAGUUGUAUAGAGAUUGAGAACCCCCGAACUAAGGGCUUCAGUACUGCUGCUUGUUUGAUCUGUCCUUAUCUGUGUCUUACCGACCUUUGACCCGAGUGUUCAUGUUAACUCAAAAUACCUGCCUUUUGUUUCUCAUUAAUACUACAAGAUCUCUUUUGGUAAAAAGAUCCAGAAAGAGGGUGGGCUACUUUUUAUUACAGAGACUUGGAAGUGUGUGUGUGUGCAGCAUAUACAAACUAACACAGAUCUGUAUAUGCAGUGGAUGUAAGCCUGUAUAGUUGUCUUCUGUGUUAAAGUGAACCAUUGGGUCACUUUGAUCAGUUUACUUAAACAAUAUAAAUACUAGCAGAUGUUUUUAUUUCCCAAACCUUGCACCCACCCCCCACUUUUUACUUGAAACCUCCAUCAUCAGCACACGCCUUCUGUGGCCUUGAACUUUGAACCUUCUGAGGCUAACUUUUUGGGGUCCAAGCCAAAAGAAAAAAAAAGUGUCUCGACUUACAACUGUUCAGGCUACACCAGAUCAAGGUCAUGACAGACUUAGGCAUUCUGUCGUGUGUUGUUGUUUCCCCUCUUGCUGGCCUCUGUGGGGAACAUCUUGAAAACGUCUUAUGGUGACAUUAGAGCUAGAUCUAUAGUGAGAUUUCUUUGUGAGUCAUUCUCUGCCCUUCCUCCUUCAUUUGUCCUAAUUGAGAAACGUUUUAAGCGUAUGGUGCAGUCUUCUUACGCGUUAACGUAGAACUUAGGGCCCUGGUAUUGAAAGCAUUGACUGUUUAGAGCAAGUCUAAAAGCAACAUAAACUUUUGAUUAGAUUUGAAAUCCUUCAAGUUCAUUUGUAUUUUAUUUUAAUGUGUACUGUACAUUAUUUUCUUGCCCUCGUCAGUUUUUGUCCAAAUAGAUGGCUAGCAGUGGCCAGCUUGUAAUCGAACUUAUAAUUUUCAUGGGCAUUUUGUUUUCCCAACCUUGUGUCAAGGGGCCGUCUCGUGCUGUUCAGUUUCAGAAGAACACGAACUAGUCGUAAUGUCAAACUAUUUUCUUUGUUUUCUUGUGAAGUGAAAAACAAAUGCGUAGGUUCUCGUGCUUCGGGUCCAAAGUCCGUCUGACAUUAUUAUUAGCGGUAUUGUCACAGUGGCACCUUAUUCACUGACCCGUGGUAAAAUAUCGACACUGUGUUCUCUCCCUUGCCUGUGUGCGCGGGCAAUACCGCAACCUGGACCUUUUUCCAACUAGAUACUUCACACAUGCUUGACUUGUAGUUAUUUAGGAGACAGAACUAGGGGAGGUGUUCAGCUUGAAGACUUGUGUAAUCCAUGAAUUGUGUUGACACUACUUUGCAGGGGACGUAACGUUUGGUUGUGUGGAAUGGGAAGCUCAGUCUAGAAUUGUGUCAAUAAGACUGUAAUGGAAAUCUAGACUCAAGAUCCAUCGUUUUGGCAUGGUGUUUCUCUUUCUGUUGAAGUAUGUCCAAACUUAGUGAUAAAUGGCAAUUCUAUGUUUUAUCAAGAGGCAUUGUUUUCAAACUGAUACAUUGUGAAUCAUAU